CUCCUAUACUUUAUACCUGCUUCGAAUUUCAAAAUUUUCAAACUUUGACCUCAGAGUAAUACAAAAUGUCCAGGCAAAUAAAUAUUGCUUCUUCAAAGGAUGCAAUCAUCAGAAUUUUACAACACCAAAUCCAAGAACGUCAUACGAUAUAACCGAAUAAUCGGUAGCAGUGAGACAAGCAAUCACAAACUUAGCAAUUCGGCAAUUGAAUCUACUAUUAUGCUUGUGAAAGUGAUUUUUCUGCAGAUGAGGCAGAGGUAUUGAAAAGUGAAGACACGCAUUCUUCUGUCCUGCCAUGGAAUCUUGUAUGUGUAUAUUAUUUAUCAUUAAAUCACAAAAUACAGUUUCGAUAAGCAACUAAAA